CGGUGGAGAUGGAGAAGGAUGCAGCAGAGACGGAACCGGGCUUCCUUUUUUACGAAUCAAUGUGAGCGAAGGGAGCAAGGUCGCAUUAUUUUAGGGAGACUUUGUCGCAUUCCCCCUCCUGCGUGUAGGCAGCUUCUGGGGUGCUCGAGCCCCGCUCGCGGACCCCAUGGAGAGAGGCUGGCGGCGGCAGCAGGGGCUCCUUUCUCCGCAGCAGUCGGCAGUAACCCGACCCCGCCGGCGCAGGAACUGAAGAGGGGCCGGGAGAGCAGCAAGCUGCAAACAAAAGCCUUAGGCGUGUGGCUGGAGCCCGGACGGAGGAGGCUCCAACAAAGGAUAAGGCUCAGCCAUGGUGGACCCAGUGCCCGAAGAGGAGAAAGAAGCAGCCGAGGUGGGCGGCUCAGGAGGGGAUGGGGCCACGGCGUCCGUGCCCCCCGACGCCCAGGGCGCUCAGCAGCCCGCAGCCUCCUCAGCCUCGGCGAAGCCCCGCGGGAGCUGCUGCAGGCCAUAGGGCGCAAGCUGGAGCGCAGCGAGCAGCUGUCCCGGGAACGGCGCAGCGCGCUGGAGAGCGCUCGCUCCACAGCCAGGGCCUCCUUCCACGUGCGCGAGAAGGUGCGAGAGGAGACCAAUACUCGUUCCUUUGACCGAAUGGUGCGUGAGGCCCAGCUCCAUGCCAGCCUCGACCGAAAAUGA